AUUUCUUUCUGAAUUUUUACUCUUUGAAAUGUCUAUUUUCGAAAAAAAGAUUUUUCAAUGCUUUGGAUUUCGAAUGAUGGAUGGAAAACUCUAACUAAAGUUAUUUCAAAAAACAAUAAACAUGGUUACGUUCGUUUUCUUUUUGGGACAGAUAUAAUAGGAAUAUGAAUGUUUUCUAUUUUUAUAGAAGAUAACAAAUUAAAUGAAGAAGAUAAAGAAGAAGAUGGAGAAGAAUAUCGUUUAAUGUCAAUUAAUGAAAUUAUGAAUGGAUCUGAACAAUUUGCUGGUUUAAUACCAUUAAUGCGACAAUAUUUAUAUCAUUUAGAAACAAUUGAUACAGAUACACGAUCAACAAUUGAACAAUAUCUAAAUUUAAUAUCAAAACGUGCAAGAGGUACAUUAAUGACAGAUGCAAAAUGGAUACGACAAUAUGUUGAUCAACAUCCAAAAUAUGAACAUGAUUCAAUUGUAACUGAUGAAAUACAAUAUGAUUUACUAUGGAAAAUACAACAAAUAACAAAUGAUAAUGAAAUAUGUUGUCCAACUUUAAUACAAAAACAAAUGUUAGAUUCAACAAAAACAACAUUACAUUUACCUGAUUAUGCCGAUAUUGUACCAGAACCUGUAUAA